CAGGUUCAUUAAUCACAAUCUGCAAAGCUCAUUCAUCAAAACAAGCACGGCCAACAUGUCGGUGAUGAAGUCAUCUCGUCAGUUAUGGAACCCUUUAAGACGAUGUAAUAAAGACAAUACCAGAGAGGUGUCCACAGUUUUAACAGAAAGAAAACAACCAAAUUUGUGCCCUUUAGUAAAAGAUAAUACAAAACCGAAACAGUUCGAAGAUGUACCAGGUCCACGAAAUUUACCUGUCAUUGGCACGUUGUGGCAAUAUUUACCUGGAGGACGAUUUUUCAAAACAGACGAAGCAGAAGCUCUUACCAAAUUACAAAAUGAAUAUGGCAAUGUAGUUCGGGAAAAUUUCUUUGGCACCCAGCUUGUCCGGUUGUUUGACCCUGCUGACUUUGUCACCGUUUUUUCCAGUGAACACAAGUCACCCAAGCGUCCUGGAUUUGAAAUGAUGUCAUACUAUAACGACACAUAUAACAAUGGUAAACAUGGCCUUCUCACCAGCAAUGGACCCUGCUGGGCAUCAAUGAGAAAAUCAGUUCAGAACCAGUUUUUGCAACCAACAGAAGUCGCGAAGUACACCUGCUUACAUGAUUCUAUAGCUCAAGCAUUUGUCGAACGACUCAGUCAACUCAGAGACAGUGAUGACGUCAUUGACGAUUUGACGCCGGAACUUUAUAAAUUUGCGAUAGAAUCUUUAGCAGCCUUGUGUUUUGGUUUUCGACUCGGUGCUCUCCAAGAAAGAAGAACAGAAACAGACAGAUUCCUCAGAGCUGUUAAUUCUAUGAUGCAUAUUCUCCAAGAGGAACAAAAAAAUUUACCUUGGUAUAAAUUAAUUAACACACCUACAAUGAAGUUAUUCAGUGAAUCGAUAUCUUCUAUACGCUAUAUAUCAAAAGUCUAUUCAAGAGCAUCAGUUAUCCUUCAAAAUUCCUUAACAGUCCAUGAUGCUCCUAUCCUUCGACCUUUCCUGCCUCUAGAUGACGAAGAAUUUACUGUUUUUGUCAGCGACAUGCUCUUCGCAAGUGUAGACACGGUAAGCAUUGUACUUCCUGUUUUCUUUUUUCUUAUUAUUUAUACUAAUUAAUUAUACCUUUCAUUA